UAACUUCUGAGCUGCCAGGUCCAUAUCCCCACUGCCCCCCUGGUUAGAGAUCUGCAUGUUUUCUACUCAGUCUCCACGGGGGCAGGUGCUGCAAGUUGUGGCGGUGUUUCAUUCAGAUGCAGGAUCCAUUUUCCCCGUGGAGAGAUCGGUUAUGAGCAUUGCUUCACAUGAAUCCCCCUUAGGGCAGGCAAACCCUGUGGAUACUGUGUUGUAGGAUGUGCCACAAAAAACGUGAGGGUUUUUUAUGAGCAGAGAAGAACUGAGAGUCUCACAAAUAAAAAUGUUCUGUCUCUGAGCUUGUCAGGCCUUUGAGCUGAGUGAGUGCUGCUCUGCAUUAAGCAGAGCGGAUGCUGCUGAGCGGGGACACGCUUCCCUCAGCCAUGAGGAAGGUGAACUCGAGUUUGUCUCGGUGAUUGAACAAAUUCAGGUUGUGUGGCCUCAUCCUGCCUCCCUAAGAUGCCCGCGCUGAAUUAUUCAUGCUGUGUUUUCUGGGAAUGCCGAGUUUGAAAUCCAUAAACAGCAAAGAGAGCAUGUUGGUGAAGGUGGCAUCUGCCUCACGCUCUGUCUCGCCGGGGUGGCUGAGUGUAGCAGUAGGAGCUGCGUUUGGUAGGUGUAGCUGUGAAUUCCCAUAAACACUCUGUUGUGGUUGUUCGUGGCAGUACGAGCUCGUUGAGAAUACAAAGCACUUCAAAGGGAGGUUUCAAGGGAUGUAUCUUCGUUUAGAAUAAAAUGCAAAUACUGUGCGACCUCAAAACGGGGAAAACCUCAGCAGUGGAGUAGAAAAGGGGAAGUGCUCCUGUGCAUAGUAAAAUAGGAACAACUCUACAACUGAUUGCUAUUCCAAAUAGGGCACCAAAAAGGCACUAAUAACUUACAGGCUUGAAACUGCCAAGGAGUUUGACCUGCUUACACUAAAUUCGUGCUCUGCGUUCUUUUCUAGAGGAGUCCCUCUCCUUUGUCUGAUGGAGAUUAACCCUCAAGGGCUAAAGCUGCUCUGUACGUGUGUUUGUGCAAAUGUGGGAGCCUGAGAGACAGCAGUGUUUGUGCUGAAACCGAGCAGGGGUAUUCCUGCUCUCAGAGGUGAAAAGCACGCUCAGGAUAACGUGUAUCUGUCUCUUUAUUAGGUUUUUAGUAAUUGUUUUCCUGUGUUCCCUCCCCCAGGCAGAAUGGAAUUCAGGAAGAUGGGAUUACCCUGUUAUAAAGCUGACCCAUUGUGCUGCCUUUCAGCAUUUUCUUUAUCUCAUUUCCAGGGCAGGAACUCCCUCUCUUUCCCAUAAGGCUGUCCCUAUCCUUUUGAUGGGUUUAUACAGGAUUUCCUGCUGAGUCAAUAGCGGAGGAGUGCAGGGAGAUAGCAGUCGGGAUUCGCAGGGAGCCUGUGCUCAGCCGGAGGAGGUUCAGCCCGGCGGAGGCAGAGCAGCGCUGCCUUUUGACUUAUUCCUUGGAGCCCUCCACCCAGUCCCUCCAUGUCCAUAGCCAGCAAGCACUUCUCUCACCAUGAGUUCUGAAUUAAACGUUCCGGUGGAUCCUUCCACUCCUGCUUGCUGCUCUGAGCCCGGCACAAAGGGCAUGGAUUAUCGGGACUGGGUCCGCCGCAGCUACCUGGAACUGGUCACGUCCAACCACCACUCCGUGCAAGCCCUUUCCUGGAGAAAACUCUACCUGAGCCGAGCCAAGCUGAAAGCCUCCAGCAGAACCUCUGCUCUGCUCUCUGGAUUUGCAAUGGUCGCCAUGGUGGAGGUGCAGCUGGAGGUGCAGUACAAGUACCCCCAGAUGCUGCUGAUCGCCUUCAGCGCCUGCACGACGGUGCUGGUGGCCGUUCACCUCUUUGCCCUCCUCAUCAGCACCUGCAUCCUGCCCAACGUGGAGGCCGUGAGCAACAUCCACAACCUGAACUCCAUCAGCGAGUCCCCCCACGAGCGCAUGCACCCCUACAUCGAGCUGGCCUGGGGCUUCUCCACCGUGCUGGGAAUCCUCCUGUUCCUCGCCGAAGUCGUGCUCCUGUGCUGGAUAAAAUUCCUGCCGGUGGGCUCCAUCCUGAAAAACGAGACCACCAACGUGGAGAAGCCCAGCAGCCACGCGGGGUGGCAGUCAGCACUGGUGUCCACCAUCAUCAUGGUCCCUGUGGGGCUGAUUUUCGUCGUCUUCACCAUCCACUUCUACCGCUCCUUGGUGCGGCACAAAACGGAGCGGCACAACCGGGAGAUCGAGGAGCUCCACAAACUGAAAGUGCAGCUGGAUGGGCAUGACAGAGGCAUGCAGGUGGUGUGACAGAGCCUGCACACAGCUCAGCCAGGGCUGAGAGCAAAAUACCUGGUCUGCUGCUUGGUGAGCUGCACCAGGGAUGGAUUUUCUUGAGGCUUAAAUCUGUAAAUGCUACUUGCCUGCCAUUUCUAGCUGUGGGUUCUUGUGCUGUUCCACGUGCUGGGGGCUCUGCCCUGGUUCUGGUCCCACACACUUGGUACUUAAGUCGACACUGCCGUGGUGUUCAAGGUCAAAACUUUAUCUACCUUAACACAGGGAGCCAAAAAUCUGUAUUUUUUACAAAUGCAAUAUUCCAUUGCCAAAAGUGAAGCUGCGUCGGCUGUCCCUAAGGCCUCUGUGUGUGUGUAGGACCUGUCUUACAUGUCAGAACUCCCUGGCUGUCAGUGCAGCCACAAUUAACUGGCAGCUCAUUCCUAGAGCAGAGCUGAUUAAUGUGGGUACCUGCAGCUGACUCAGUGACAUCCAGGAAAGCACAACAGGAACUGAGAAUGUUGAUCACCAUUGUUCCAAAGCAAGUAUUCCAUAAAUACAUAACCAGAAAGAAAACAGCCUUAGCUUUUAUGUUCUUUUUUUUGCUGUUCUUUACUUUAUUUUUACAGUUUGGGAUGUAGAAAUUUGAAUUGCAGGAGGCUGGGAAGUUCUCUCACACUUUCUUCAGUGGCAUCUGUCACCUUAGGUUGAGUGAGUGCCAAGAUAAUGUUUUUUUUCCCAAUAAGAGGCAAGAGUGCCCAGGGAAGGCUUACAGGUGUUUGAGAUUUAACAAGGACAUUCUUAAAACAGAACAGUGACAGGGAUUUUAAUGAGACAAGACUUUGAAGGACUAACAAAGCAAGUUUCAAGGAGGUAGAGGAGUGACAGCAAGUACUGUAGAAAUCUGCCACUGUGUCUUCUUCAUUUGUGCAUUGCUGCAAUGCCUUUUGCCCAGUUUGCUAGAGAGAACAGGCCCAGUCCUGUGUUGUUUCAUCUUUUAGGGGUUUGCUUUUUUCUUUUUUUAAUUGGCUGUAGCAUUUUUCUGUCAGAAAUGAAUGCUUCCUUCUCCCUUCACCAAAGCAGAGACUCCUCUGGUGGAACCUGGGCGAGCCUGAUGGAGCUGGAUCUGGCAGGAAUGCUGUGUGCCAUUAAAGAGCUAUCCCUUUCCUUUGAGCUCAUUUCUUUUUUCAGCAGCUGAGACAAUGACACUUGCAUGUCUGUGUGGCUUAGCAAGGGAAGCUUGUAAAUUCCACAGCAUCCUCGUGGGCGAAAACUUCUGUAAAAAAGAAAACCGAUUUUAUUAUUUUUGGUAACUUUGUGGAGAGAAAAGAGUGUUUUGCAAUCAUCAGCUCUUCUAAGGGAAAGUCGGGCUUUCUGACACACAGGGCUGCUAGAAGCAUAAGCACAUUUUCUUGGCCCUGAUCCUGUGCUAGUUUCCUCCUCUGCACUCCAAAACUGCAGUUUCAGAGUCUCCGAGGCCUUAUAGGUUUCUGAAAUGAUGAAGGAUGUUUAUAAUGUUCUGUUUAACCCCGGGCCCUCAUUCCCCUGGGGUUUGAGGCAGUGUAACAUGUCAGCUUCCCAGAAGGGAGAGUACAUGCAAACCCCAGGGGAGCAGGGUGAGACUAUCCCAAUGUUCCUCUCUGUCGAGGGCCUUGGGAAACCACCUCUCAUCUCUCUUGUUUACAUGGGAAUGUGAGCAUUGCUGAACAAGUUGCUUAGCACUGUGUCUGUGGCUUUCAUCUGCUGUUCUUGCUGCAGUUGGCAUGUACCAUAUUGGCUGAUGUGCAGCAAAGAAAAUAGUCUUUGUGUGCUAAAUGACUAAUCUGUACUCAUGUGCAUAUGCAAAAAACAAGGAGUGUCCUCCAGGAAGUGGGGUGGUCGUGAAAUUCAUAUGAACUCCCCAGGACUCUGCCCUUUCUCCCUCGUCUUUUUACCAUAAUAAAAAUUAAAAGGUUUAUACAACAGAAUCAGAGUUGGGUUUUCUGCCAAGUGCUACAUGUGUCAGCUCCUCUACCAACAGAAUUUCUGUUGAGAGGCCAGAGCCAGACCAGAUGGGAUGAAUCUCUCAUCUGUGCUUUGCACUCUCCUUUAACAUCAGUAAUAGAAGGACCUUGUGUGCUGAGGGGCUCAGAAGGCUCUUAAGGAAAGUAUUGCACCAUUUUUGCAGUAUCUUUUUUGACAGCUUUCCCCUGUGCAUACAGUGUUGCAAAAGCAAAUUCAGCUUGUCUGGAAACAGUCAGAUAAUUCAUUUAAUUUUUUGCAACAGCAAAUUGAGAAAAGCAGCAGAAACUGCUUUGAUUUUGUAGAAUAACUUUUUCGGGCUUGGGUGGGAUUGCAUUCAAGAUCAGUCUCAAGUCAGUGCAUCUGUGACUGGAGUGGGACCACCUUACUCUAGGGGACAGUCUGAGGUACAGUUUGGGAUGGUGUCCCAAGGGCAAAUGCUCCUAAAGCAGAGUAAUAACCUGCUUCCCUGUCUUUGCUUGCAGCUCUGUUUCUUGUGUCUCUCUGGGCACUGAGUUCUGCCUUCCAUGAGAAGCUCAUGGGGGUAUUUUUGCUCUUUGAUUCUCGAGGUUACCCAUCCACUUUCAUGCUGCAAUUCCUCUCCCUUCCCAACAACAGCACUUGCUUUUCUUGCUCCUGCCUCUCUUCCUGCGAUUGAUUUACAUUUUCACCACUGUUGGGUCCAGGUUUGUGUUGCAGAAACGUUACCUGUGGUUCCAGGCACGGGAGCUCAUCCAUAAAGGAAGGAGUAGGGGUGUUGUACUUGUCCAGCUGGGUGUUUCUGUGCUCCAGCCCCAGAAAAUCCUCCUUGCUCCUGCUGCUGCCCCCGUGGCUGUCAGCAGGAUUCCCAUCAGUCAAGCCAGCCUUUCCACACUCUCACUGCCAUCCCAACAGGGCUGCCAGCUCUCUGUGGCACGUCUGGGUUUGUCUGGCCGUGCCUGGCCACGUCUGUCCUGUGCUGUCACCUCUCUGUCAUUCCUGGGGUGUCUGUCGUUCUUGGAGUGUCCCAGGUUUUGUGUGGCUGCAAUCCUGCAAUGCUUGCAUGGAGAUGCUUCUCCCAAGGGUUCCACCCUCAGCUGGGGAUGAGUGUUGAGGAUCUCCCCUGGCAUGUGUUGGCUUUCUGUGCCAGCUCUGGGCUCUGGGCUGCUGCUCUCUGGGGUGGCUGCUGCCCUAAUUCUCAGCCCCCUUGGACUGUGGCUCUCUGGACCAGCUAUUCCCUGGUCUGAGCGAUUUCUCCAGUUUUUGCAUUGGUGCUUAGCACAGGGACAGCCACGAUCUUGCUUCAGAUUAUUUUUUUUGGCCAGUUUUUGCCCAGCAGGAAAAUGCCUCUGCAGGCGCCAGUGCUGCAGGGACCCUGCCUGCCCACCCUGAAGCAGGGAAGGAACUCUCAAGGACAGGGGAACAACAAUUCUUUGUAUCAUUCCCGUGCACCAGCCUUGGUUAGGAGGCAGUUCCUCUCUCUCUCUCCUUUUCCAUCUUGGCAGGAGUAAAGAAGGGGCACGACCGCGAGCUGGAGGCAGCAGGAUCGGGUUCUCCCUGUGCAGUGUUCAGUGGCAGCUCUCACUCUGUGGUCUCCCUAUUUUUAACAUCGCCCCGGGGCCAGGCUGGCUCCCUGUUGCAGUGGAGAGGAGGCUCUCGAGGAGACUUAGUGACCGUGAGAGGUGGAGUCCUGUUGGAUUUGAGCAUGUGAUGGAUGACAGUGACACCGUGCGAGAGCCCCGGGCGGAGGGAGGGCUGCCCUGAGCAGCCCUGGAAGUGUUUCUGGAGAGCACCGGGUGCAGCUGCAGAGAGAACAUCCCUCCACAUCCUUCCCUUCCACAUCCUUCUCUUUUACAUCCUUCCCUUCCACA